UCCUUUGCAGAUCUUUGAACCCCAACUGAGUCAUCGCCAACUUGGUUCAAGAUGCCACCGGCCAUCGGAGGCCCUGUGGGAUACACUCCUCCUGAAGGAGGAUGGGGAUGGGCUGUGGUCAUUGGAGCCUUCAUCUCCAUUGGGUUUUCCUAUGCCUUCCCCAAAUCCAUCACCGUGUUCUUCAAAGAGAUUGAAGUCAUCUUCAACGCGUCCAGUAGCAAAGUCUCAUGGAUCUCUUCCAUCAUGCUGGCUGUUAUGUACGCAGGAGGUCCCAUCAGCAGCAUCCUGGUGAACAAAUACGGCAGCCGGCCCAUCAUGAUCGCUGGUGGCUGCCUCUCCGGGUGUGGGUUGAUUGCAGCCUCUUUCUGCAACACGGUGGAGGAGCUCUACUUCUGCGUUGGGGUCGUAGGGGGCCUCGGACUCGCGUUUAACUUGAACCCAGCCUUGACCAUGAUUGGCAAGUAUUUCUUCAAGAAGCGUCCCCUGGCUAACGGGCUGGCAAUGGCGGGCAGCCCCGUGUUCCUCUCCACCCUGGCGCCCGUGAACCAGCUCUUUUUCGGCAUAUUUGGCUGGCGUGGCAGCUUCCUCAUCCUCGGUGGUCUUUUGCUGAACUGCUGCGUCGCCGGAUCCCUGAUGAGGCCCAUAGGCCCCAAGCCAGAUCAGCUGAAGAAAGAGGCUGCUAAGGAGGUGCUGCAGGAAGCUGGGAAGGCAGUGAAAAAGGACGAUGGUGACACCAGCACCGACCUCAUCGGUGGGAAGACCAAGAAAGAGAAGAGCACGUUUUUCCAGACAAUCAACAAAUUCUUGGACCUGUCCCUGUUCACGCACAGGGGCUUCCUGCUCUAUCUAUCGGGCAAUGUGAUUAUGUUCUUCGGGCUGUUCACUCCCUUGGUCUUCCUCAGCAAUUACGCGAAGAGCAAGAAGAUUGCUAAUGAGUCUGCAGCCUUCUUGCUCUCCAUCCUGGCCUUCGUAGACAUGGUGGCCAGACCUUCCAUGGGACUGGUGGCAAACACCAAGUGGAUCAGACCCAGAGUCCAGUAUUUCUUCGCCAUCUCUGUGAUUUACAACGGGGUGUGCCACCUCUUGGCCCCCAUGUCCACCACCUAUGCCGGCUUCUGCAUUUAUGCUGGCUUCUUCGGCUUUGCCUUCGGCUGGCUGAGCUCAGUCCUGUUUGAGACCCUGAUGGACCUGGUGGGAGCGCAGCGGUUCUCCAGCGCCGUUGGUUUGGUGACCAUCGUGGAGUGCUGCCCUGUGCUUCUGGGACCCCCUCUGCUAGGGAAGCUCAAUGACAUGUACGGUGACUACAAGUACACAUACUGGGCCUGUGGGAUCAUCCUCAUUGUCUCUGGGAUCUACCUCUUCAUUGGGAUGGGCAUCAACUACCGCCUGGUGGCAAAGGAGCAGAAGGCGGAAGAGAAGGUGAAGAACGAAGGGAAGGAGGAGGAGACCAACGUCGACGAGGCUGAGAAGCAGAAAGAGGCAAACAACGACAUGGCCCCCUCGCCUCAGAAGAGCACGGAGGAUGGUGUCAAAGAGGAGGAGAGCCAUAUGUGAGGGACCGGUCUCAAUCCCGGAGUGUCGGGGAAGCGCCGCUGCUCUGGUGCAGUGGCUGGGACAGUGCUCCGCUGGCGCUGGGCAGCCGUGAGAAGUGUUUAAACCAGGUGUUCAUUUUUAACCAGGCUCUGAAUUGUCUUUCCAUCUGUGUUCAACAAAGGUAACGGGGCUACACACGCAGUAUCCUUGUGUGUCGGGGGGCAGGG